CGCGCGCGGGGGCCCGGCCACUCGGAGCAGCUCUGCCGCGGGGACUGCACCGCCCGCCCUGCCGGACCCGCCCCGACCGGGGCUCGCCACCGCCACCGCCAGCAGCCGCAGCACCGCGACCUCGCGCCCGGCGCCGGCUAUGGCUGUGCCCUGGGGCUGAGCGCACAGGCUGUGUGACCGAGACUCCCGACAGGAGUGACUGAGGGGAAGAGAAGGAGGGGCGGGCUCCUGGCAAGGCAUUCGCUCCUGAGCAGAGUCCUGCAAAGAUGGAGAAGGAGGAGGAGACAACCCGGGAGCUGCUGCUGCCCAAUUGGCAGGGCAGCGGCUCCCACGGGCUGACCAUCGCCCAGAGGGACGACGGCGUCUUUGUGCAGGAAGUGCUGCAGAACUCCCCUGCGGCCCGCACUGGGGUGGUCAAGGAGGGGGACCAGAUUGUGGGGGCCACCAUCUACUUUGACAACCUGCAGUCGGGUGAGGUGACCCAGCUGCUGAACACCAUGGGGCACCACACCGUUGGCUUGAAGCUGCACCGCAAGGGGGAUCGCUCCCCUGAGCCUGGCCAGACCUGGACGCAUGAAGUUUUCAGCUCCCGCAGCUCCGAGGUGGUUCUGAGCGGGGAUGACGAAGAGUACCAGCGCAUCUACACCACCAAGAUCAAGCCUCGGCUCAAGUCGGAGGAUGGCGUGGAAGGGGACCUGGGAGAGACCCAGAGCCGUACCAUCACAGUGACCAGAAGGGUCACAGCCUACACUGUGGAUGUGACCAGCCGCGAAGGAGCCAAGGACCUCGACAUCAGCAGCCCAGAAUUCAUGGUCAAGAUUCCGAGGCAUGAACUGACUGAAAUCUCCAAUGUGGACGUGGAGAGCCAGCCAGGGAAGACAGUGAUCAGACUGCCCUCGGGCUCAGGGGCGGUCUCUCCAACCGCAGGCUCUGCUGUGGACAUCCGAGCAGGGGCUGUGUGCACUUCAGGACCAGAGCAGUCGAAGCUCCAGGUCACCGUGCCUGGGAUAAAGGUGGGGAGUCCGGGCGUCAGUGUCAGCGCGAAGGGCUUAGACUUGGGUGGCAAAGGAGAGGUCCAAGCUCCAGUUUCGUCUUCUCUUGGGGGUGGGGCGGUAGAGGUGCAGGGCCCUUCCCUCGAGAGCGGUGACGGUGGGAAAAUUAAAAUCCCCACCAUGAAGGUGCCAAAAUUUGCUGUCUUGACAGGGCCUGAGGGCCAGGCACCAGAGGCAGGGCUGAGUGUCUCUGCCCCUGAAUUCUCUGUGGGGCACAAGGGUGGCAGGCUAGGCUCGACCAUUGGCGGGAACAUCCAGACCCCACAGCUAGAAGUCAGUGCCAAUAUUGAGGGGCUAGAGGGGAAACUGGAGGCCCCCCAGAUCACUGGGCCGUCCUUUGAGGGUGACGCAAGCCUGAAGGGUGCCAAGCCACAGGGGAGCAUAAGGGUGGAUGCUUCUGCUCCCCAGAUUGAAGGCUGUCUUUCCGGCCCCAGUGUGGGAGUUCCAGCCCCUGACCUUGAUGUUCAUGGGCCUGGGGGCAAACUGAAUGUGCCUAAGAUGAAAGUCCCCAAGUUCUCUGCAUCGGGCUCAAUCGGAGAGGGAGCUGGUGUGGAUGUGACACUGCCCACAGGUGAGAUGACUCUCCCUGGGGUCUCCGGUGAGGUCAGCCUGCCCGAGAUUUCUACUGGUGGUCUAGAAGGGAAAGUGAAAGGUGCCAAAGUCAAGACUCCCGAACUGAUUGUUCAGAAGCCGAAAAUCUCUAUGCAGGAUGUGGAUCUGAACCUUGGGUCCCCUAAAGUGAAAGGAGACAUGAAGGUGUAUGCUCCUGGAGUGCAAGGCGAUGUGAAAGGCCCUCAGGUGGCCGUUAAAGGCUCCAAAGUGGACAUAGAGAUGCCGAACCUAGAGGGGACCUGGACAGGCCCCAAGCUUGGCAGUCCCUCUGGGAAAACAGGAAGCUAUGGGAUCUCUAUGGCAGAUGUAGACCUGAAUGUGGCAGCACCUAAAAUGAAAGGGGGUGUAGAUGUCACACUCCCCAAAGUAGAAGGGAAAGUCAAGGGCCCUGGUGUUGACAUCAGAGGCCCCAGAGUAGAUGUCAGUGGCCCAGAUGCAGAAGGUCAUGGGCCAGAAUGGAACCUGAAAAUGCCCAAGUUCAGCACUCCAGGGGUCAAAGGGGAAGGCCCAGCUGUACAUGUGGCUCUACCCAAGGGAGAUGUCAGUGUUUCUGGGCCCAGGGUCAGUGUGGAAGCCCCAGAUGUCAAUGUGGAGGGUCUGGGGGGCCAACUUAAAGGCCCUGAUAUUCAGCUGCCUGCAGUGAGCGUCAAGUCACCAAAGAUCUCCAUGCCUGAUGUAGAUUUGCAUGCUAAAGGCCCAGAGGUUAAGGGAGAGUGGGAUGUAACAGUACCAAAGCUUGAAGGGGAACUCAAAGGCCCCAAAGUGGACAUUGCUGCCCCAGAUGUGGAUGUUCAUGGCCCGGACUGGCAUCUGAAGAUGCCCAAGAUGAAGAUACCCAAAUUCAGUGUGCCAGGGUUCAAAGCAGAGGGCCCAGAAGUGGACGUGAACCUGCCCAAGGCUGAUGUCAACAUUUCUGCGCCCAAGGUAGAUGUGCAUGCUCCAGACGUGAGCAUUGAGGGACCAGAAGGGAAAUUGAAAGGGCCCAAGUUUAAGAUGCCUGAAAUGAAUAUCAAAGCCCCAAAGAUCUCUGUGCCAGAUGUGGACUUACAUCUGAAAGGCCCUCACGUCAAGGGAGAAUAUGAUGUCACGACGCCAAAGGUUCAAAGUGAGAUUAAAGUUCCUGAUGUUGAACUUAAAAGUGCCAGAGUGGACAUUGAAGCCCCCGAUGUAGAUGUCCAAGGCCCAGACUGGCACCUGAAGAUGCCCAAGAUGAAAACGCCCAAGUUCAGCAUGCCUGGGUUCAAAGCAGAGGGCCCAGAAGUGGACGUGAACCUGCCCAAGGCUGACAUGGAUGUCUCAGGACCCAGGGUAGAUGUCGAAGUUCCAGAUGUGAAUGUUGAAGGACCUGAAGGAAAGCUUAAGGGCCCCAAGUUUAAGAUGCCUGAGAUGAAUAUCAAGGCCCCUAAAAUCUCCAUACCUGAUGUGGAUUUGCAUAUGAAAGGUCCCAAGGUAAAGGGCGAAUACGAUGUGACGGUGCCAAAGGUGGAAGGGGACCUGAAAGGCCCAAAAGUAGACGUCAGUGCCCCAGAUGUUGAAGUUCAUGGUCCUGAUUGGAAUCUGAAGAUGCCAAAAAUUAAAAUGCCCAAAUUUAGCAUGCCUAGCCUCAAAGGAGAGGGCCCAGAAUUGGAUGUGAACCUGCCCAAAGCUGACGUGGACAUUUCUGCACCAAAGGUAGAUCUUAGUGCUCCUGAUCUGAGUCUUGAAGGACCAGAAGGGAAGCUGAAGGGACCCAAGUUUAAGAUGCCUGAGAUGCACUUCAAAGCUCCCAAGAUGUCUCUGCCAGAUGUUGACAUGGAUCUUAAAGGACCCAAAAUGAAAGGAAGUCUUGAUGUGUCUGCACCAAAAGUAGAGGCUGAGAUGAAAGUUCCAGAUGUGGACAUCAGAGGUCCUAAGGUGGACAUUAAAGACCCACAUAUGGAAGGUCAGGGUCCAGACUGGAGCCUAAAGAUGCCUAAGAUGAAAAUGCCCAAGUUCACCAUGCCCAGCCUCAAAGCAGAGGGCCCAGAAGUGGACGUGAACCUGCCCAAGGCUGACAUUGACAUUGUUGCACCCAAGGUGGACAUUGAAGCCCCAGAUGUGAGUUUGGAGGGUCCAGAAGGGAAGCUGAAGGGCCCCAAAUUCAAGAUGCCUGAGAUGCAUUUCAAGGCCCCCAAGGUCUCCAUGCCCGAUGUGGACUUAAACCUGAAAGGCCCCAAAGUCAAAGGGGAAAUGGACGUGUCUGUGCCCAAGGUCGAAGGUGAGAUGAAAGUGCCAGAUGUUGACAUCAAAGCACCCAAAGUGGGCAUUGAUGUUCCAGAUGUGGAUGUUCAGGGGCCAGACUGGCAUCUGAAGAUGCCCAAGAUGAAAAUGCCCAAGUUCAGCAUGCCUGGGUUCAAAGCAGAGGGCCCAGAAGUGGACGUGAACCUGCCCAAGGUUGACAUUGAUGUGUCUGCACCCAAGGUGGACAUUGAAGCCCCAGAUGUGAGUUUGGAGGGUCCAGAAGGGAAGCUGAAGGGCCCCAAAUUUAAGAUGCCUGAGAUGCAUUUCAAGACCCCCAAGGUCUCCAUGCCUGAUGCUGACCUGAAUCUUAAGGGCCCCAAACUAAAGGGAGAUGUGGAUGUAUCUUUGCCUAAGGUAGAAGGUGAAAUAAAGGUGCCAGAUGUAGGUAUUAAAGGGCCCAAGGUUGAAGUUGGUGCCCCAGAUGUGGAUGUUCAGGGGCCAGACUGGCACCUGAAGAUGCCCAAGAUGAAAAUGCCCAAGUUCAGCAUGCCUGGGUUCAAAGCAGAGGGCCCAGAAGUGGACGUGAACCUGCCCAAGGCUGACAUUGGUGUCUCAGGCCCCAAGGUGGAUGUGGAAGUUCCAGAUGUGAAUAUUGAAGGUCCAGAUGUGAAAGUUAAAGGUCCCAAAUUUAAGAUGCCAGAAAUGAAUAUAAAGCCUCAGAAGAUCUCCAUGCCAGAUGUUGGUUUGCAUUUGAAAGGUCCUAAAGUGAAAGGAGAUUAUGAUGUUGCAGUUCCAAAAGUAGAAGGAGAGAUAAAAGCUCCUGAUGUUGACAUCAAAGGUCCCAAAGUAGACGUGAAUGCACCAGAGGUUCAUGGCCCAGACUGGCACCUGAAGAUGCCCAAGGUGAAAAUGCCCAAGUUCAGCAUGCCUGGGUUCAAAGCAGAGGGCCCAGAAGUGGAUGUGAACCUGCCCAAGGCCAACAUUGAUGUCUCAGGACCCAAGGUGGAUGUGGACAUUGAAGCUCCAGAGGGGAAAAUAAAAGGCCCCAAGUUCAAGAUGCCAAGCAUGAAUAUACAGACACACAAAAUCUCUAUGCCUGAUGUGGGGCUUAAUCUCAAAGCCCCUAAACUGAAAACUGGUGUAGAUGUUUCCCUUCCCAAAGUGGAAGGGGAAUUGAAAGGCCCUCAAAUUGAUGUGAAAGCACCCAAAAUGGAUGUGGAUGUUGGGGAUAUUGAACUUGAAGGUCCUGAUGCAAAACUGAAGGGCCCCAAAUUCAAGAUGCCUGAGAUGCAUUUCAAGACCCCCAAGAUCUCCAUGCCCGAUGUGGACUUAAACUUGAAAGGCCCCAAAGUCAAAGGGGAAAUGGACGUGUCUGUGCCCAAGGUCGAAGGUGAGAUGAAAGUGCCAGAUGUUGACAUCAAAGCACCCAAAGUGGGCAUUGAUGUUCCAGAUGUGGAUGUUCAGGGGCCAGACUGGCAUCUGAAGAUGCCCAAGAUGAAAAUGCCCAAGUUCAGCAUGCCUGGGUUCAAAGCAGAGGGCCCAGAAGUGGACGUGAACCUGCCCAAGGCUGACAUUGAUGUGUCUGCACCCAAGGUGGACAUUGAAGCCCCAGAUGUGAGUUUGGAGGGUCCAGAAGGGAAGCUGAAGGGCCCCAAAUUUAAGAUGCCUGAGAUGCAUUUCAAGACCCCCAAGGUCUCCAUGCCUGAUGUGGACUUAAACCUGAAAGGCCCCAAAGUCAAAGGGAGUAUGGAUGUGUCUGUGCCAAAACUGGAAGGAGAUUUGAAAGGCCCCAGUGUGGAUGUGACAAUGCCUGAUGUUGAUCUUGAAUGUCCUGAUGCAAAGUUGAAAGGCCCCAAAUUCAAGAUGCCUGAAAUGCAUUUUAAGACCCCCAAGAUCUCCAUGCCCGAUGUGGACUUAAACCUGAAAGGCCCCAAAGUCAAAGGGGAAAUGGAUGUGUCUGUGCCAAAACUGGAAGGAGAUUUGAAAGGCCCUAGUGUGGAUGUGACAAUGCCUGAUGUUGAUCUUGAAUGUCCUGAUGCAAAGUUGAAAGGCCCCAAAUUCAAGAUGCCAGACAUGCAUUUUAAGACUCCCAAGAUCUCCAUGCCUGAUGUGGACUUAAACCUGAAAGGCCCCAAAGUCAAAGGGAGUAUGGAUGUGUCUGUGCCAAAACUGGAAGGAGAUUUGAAAGGCCCCAGUGUGGAUGUGACAAUGCCUGAUGUUGAUCUUGAAUGUCCUGAUGCAAAGCUGAAAGGCCCCAAAUUCAAGAUGCCUGAGAUGCAUUUCAAGACCCCCAAGAUCUCCAUGCCCGAUGUGGACUUAAACCUGAAAGGCCCCAAAGUCAAAGGGGAUAUGGACGUGUCUGUGCCCAAGGUCGAAGGUGAGAUGAAAGUGCCAGAUGUUGACAUCAAAGCACCCAAAGUGGGCAUUGAUGUUCCAGAUGUGGAUGUUCAGGGGCCAGACUGGCAUCUGAAGAUGCCCAAGAUGAAAAUGCCCAAGUUCAGCAUGCCUGGGUUCAAAGCAGAGGGCCCAGAAGUGGACGUGAACCUGCCCAAGGCUGACAUUGAUGUGUCUGCACCCAAGGUGGACAUUGAAGCCCCAGAUGUGAGUUUGGAGGGUCCAGAAGGGAAGCUGAAAGGCCCCAAAUUCAAGAUGCCUGAAAUGCAUUUCAAGACUCCCAAGGUCUCCAUGCCUGACGUUGAUUUCAACUUAAAGGGGCCUAAAAUCAAAGGGGAUGUUGAUGUUUCUGCCCCAGAGUUGCAGGGUGAGUUAAAAGGUCCAGAGAUGGAUGUCAAGGGCCCAAAAUUGGAUGUUGACAAGCCAGAAAUUUCUGUGGAAGGCCCAGAAGGCAAGUGGAAAAGUCCUAAGUUCAAGAUGCCAGACAUGCACUUUAAAGCUCCCAAAAUCUCAAUGCCGGACAUUGAUCUACACCUAAAGAGUCCCAAGAUAAAGGGAGAUGUAGAUGUAGAUGUUCCCAAGUUAGAAGCAGACCUCAAAAGUUCACAUGUGGACAUCAGUGGACCAGACAUUGAUAUUGAAGGGCCCGAGGGAAAAUUGAAAGGUCCCAAGUUCAAGAUGCCAGAUAUGCAUUUCAAAGCUCCCAAUAUUUCUAUGCCUGAUGUUGAUCUAAGUCUGAAAGGACCAAAAAUCAAAGGGGAUGUGGAUGUGUCUGUGCCUGAGGUAGAAAGUAAAAUUAAAGUACCAGAUGUGGACAUCAAGGGCCCCAAAGUUGAUGUAAAAGCCCCUGAUGUUCAUGGCCCAGACUGGCACCUGAAGAUGCCCAAGGUGAAAAUGCCCAAGUUCAGCAUGCCUGGGUUCAAAGCAGAGGGCCCAGAAGUGGAUGUGAACCUGCCCAAGGCUGACAUUGACGUCUCUGUACCCAAGGUGGACAUUGAGGGCCCUGAUGUGAGCAUUGAGGGGCCAGAAGGAAAGUUGAAAGGUCCCAAGUUCAAGAUGCCUGAGAUGAACAUCAAAGCCCCCAAGAUCUCCAUGCCUGAUGUUGAUCUGAAUCUGAAAGGUCCCAAAGUGAAGGGGGAUGUGGAUGUGUCUCUGCCCAAAGUGGAAGGUGAGAUUAAAGCUCCCGAAGUUGAUCUCAAAGGCCCCAAAGUGGACAUUGAUGCCCCAGAUGUGGAUGUUCAUGGUCCAGACUGGCACCUGAAAAUGCCCAAGGUGGACAUUGAAGGCCCUGAUGUGAGCAGAGGGCCAGAGGGAAAGCUGAAAGGUCCCAAGUUCAAGAUGCCUGAGAUGAACAUCAAAGCCCCCAAGAUCUCCAUGCCUGACUUUGACUUAAAUCUGAAAGGUCCCAAAGUGAAGGGGGAUGUGGAUGUGUCUCUGCCCAAAGUGGAAGGUGAGAUUAAAGCUCCCGAAGUUGAUCUCAAAGGCCCCAAAGUGGACAUUGAUGCCCCAGAUGUGGACGUUCAUGGUCCAGACUGGCACCUGAAGAUGCCCAAGGUGAAAAUGCCCAAGUUCAGCAUGCCUGGGUUCAAGGCAGAGGGCCCAGAAGUGGAUGUGAACCUGCCCAAGGCUGACAUUGACGUCUCUGGACCCAAGGUGGACAUUGAAACUCCUGACAUUGACAUUCACGGUCCAGAAGGAAAACUGAAAGGACCUAAGUUUAAAAUGCCUGAUCUACACCUCAAGGCUCCCAAGAUCUCCAUGCCUGAUGUUGAUCUGAAUCUGAAAGGCCCCAAGGUGAAGGGGGACGUGGAUGUGUCUCUGCCCAAAGUGGAAGGUGAGAUUAAAGGUCCUGCAGUUGAUCUCAAAGGCCCCAAAGUGGACAUUGAUGCCCCAGAUGUGGACGUUCAUGGUCCAGACUGGCACCUGAAGAUGCCCAAGGUGAAAAUGCCCAAGUUCAGCAUGCCUGGGUUCAAGGCAGAGGGCCCAGAAGUGGAUGUGAACUUGCCCAAGGCUGACAUUGAUGUCUCAGGACCAAAGGUGGACAUUGAAACUCCUGACAUUGACAUUCAUGGUCCAGAAGGAAAGCUGAAAGGACCUAAGUUUAAAAUGCCUGAUCUACACCUCAAGGCUCCCAAGAUCUCCAUGCCUGAUGUUGAUCUGAAUCUGAAAGGUCCCAAAGUGAAGGGGGAUGUAGAUGUGUCUCUGCCCAAAGUGGAAGGUGAGAUUAAAGCUCCCGAAGUUGAUCUCAAAGGCCCCAAAGUGGACAUUGAUGCCCCAGAUGUGGACGUUCAUGGUCCAGACUGGCACUUGAAGAUGCCCAAGAUAAAAAUGCCCAAGUUCAGCAUGCCUGGGUUCAAGGCAGAGGGCCCAGAAGUGGAUGUGAACCUGCCCAAGGCUGACAUUGAUGUCUCAGCACCCAAGGUGGACAUUGAGGGCCCUGAUGUGAGCAUUGAGGGGCCAGAGGGAAAGCUGAAAGGUCCCAAGUUCAAGAUGCCUGAGAUGAACAUCAAAGCCCCCAAGAUCUCCAUGCCUGAUGUUGAUCUGAAUCUGAAAGGUCCCAAGGUGAAGGGGGAUGUGGAUGUGUCUCUGCCCAAAGUGGAAGGUGAGAUUAAAGCUCCUGAAGUUGAUCUCAAAGGCCCCAAAGUGGACAUUGAUGCCCCAGAUGUGGACGUUCAUGGCCCAGACUGGCACCUGAAGAUGCCCAAGGUGAAAAUGCCCAAGUUCAGCAUGCCUGGGUUCAAGGCAGAGGGCCCAGAAGUGGAUGUGAACCUGCCCAAGGCUGACAUUGACGUCUCUGGACCCAAGGUGGACAUUGAGGGCCCUGAUGUGAGCAUUGAGGGGCCAGAAGGAAAGCUAAAGGGACCUAAGUUCAAGAUGCCUGAGAUAAACAUCAAAGCUCCUAAGAUCUCCAUGCCUGAUGUUGAUCUGGAUUUGAAAGGACCCAAAGCCAGAGGCGAUUUUGAUUUGUCUGUUCCUAAGACUGAUGGUGUCUUCAAGAGCCCAGAUGUAGACUUGAAAGGUGUUCGUCUGGAUCUUGAGGGCCCUGAUGGCAAAGUCAGUGGCCCAGAUUUGAAGAUGCCAUCACUGGAGAUAUCUGCUCCUAAACUGACUGCUCCUGAUGUAGAUCUGCAUCUAAAGGCACCCAAAAUCGGCGUUUCUGGCCCCAAGUUGGGAGGUGGUGAAGUGGACCUCAAGGGCCCUAAAGUUGAUCUAGAAGCUCCAAGCUUGGAUGUACAUAUGGAGAGCCCAGAUAUUAACAUUGAGGGGCCAGAUGUUAAAAUCCCCAAAUUCAAGAAGCCCAAGUUUGGAUUUGGAGCAAAAAGCCCCAAAGCUGACGUCAAGGCACCUUCCCUGGAGGUGACUGUUCCGGAAGCAGAGCUGAAUGUUGAGACUCCUGAGGUUAGCGUUGGUGGCAAGGGCAAGAAGAGUAAGUUUAAAAUGCCUAAAAUUCACAUGAGUGGUCCUAAAAUGAAAGCCAAAAAGCAGGGUUUUGAUUUGAAUGUUCCUGGGGGUGAAAUUGAUGCCAGUCUCAAGGCUCCUGAUGUAGAUGUUGGUGUCACGGGGCCGGAUGCCGCACUCAAAGUCGAUGUGAAAUCUCCUAAGACCAAGAAACCUAUGUUUGGAAAAAUGUACUUCCCGGAUGUAGAGUUUGACAUUAAGUCAUCUAAAUUUAAAGCUGAGGUCCCCAAAAUGGAGGGUGAAAUCCAGGCGCCAGAUCUGGAUAUUUCUUCGCCAGGGAUUGAUGUGGAAGGACCUGACAUCAAGGUGAAGGCUCCCAAGUUCAAGGUGCCAGGUGUGGAUGUUUCAGGGCCAAAGAUAGAGGGUGACUUGAAAGGCCCCAGUGUGCAGGCAAACUUGGAUGCACCUGACAUCAACAUCAAGGGCCCAGAUGCUAAAGUGAAAGCGCCAUCUUUUGGCAUUUCUGCUCCUCAUGUCUCCAUGCCCGAUGUGGACAUUAACCUCAAAGGACCAAAGAUAAAGGGUGAUGUCCCUGCUGUGGGACUGGAAGGACCAGAUGUCGAUCUGCAAGGUCCAGAAGCAAAAAUCAAAUUCCCCAAGUUUUCGAUGCCUAAGAUCGGCGUCCCUGGUGUAAAAAUGGAGGGUGGUGGAGCUGGGGUCCAUGCCCAGCUACCCUCUCUCGAAGGAGGCUUGAGUGCACCGGAUGUUAAGCUUGAAGGACCUGAUGUAUCUCUAAAGGGGCCAGGAGUAGACUUGCCUUCAGUGAACCUCUCUAUGCCCAAAGUCUCUGGGCCUGACCUUGACCUGAACUUGAAAGGACCAAGUUUGAAGGGAGACCUGGAUGCCUCUAUUCCCGGCAUGAAGGUGCAUGCCCCAGGGCUUGACCUCAAAGGUGUUGGUGGAAAGGUGGAGAUGGGAGGAGACGGCUUAAAAAUGCCGGGGAUCGACGUCACCACAGCACUUAAUGUUGGGGCACCAGAUGUGACACUGAAGGGACCAAGCCUGCAGGGAGAUCUGGCUGUCUCUGGUGAUAUCAAGUGCCCUAAAGUAUCCUUGGGUGCUCCCGAUCUAAGCUUGGAGGCGUCUGAAGGUGGCCUUAAACUUCCCCAAAUGAAGCUGCCCCAGUUUGGCAUCUCCACUCCGGGGUCUGACUUGGAUGUUCACAUCAAGGGGCCACAAGCUGCUGGAGAACUUCAGGGGCCAGGCAUGGAUGUGAACCUGAGAGGGCCUCAGAUCUCAGCACCGGAUGUGGACUUCAACUUGGAAGGACCAAAAGUGAAAGGGAGCCUUGGGGCCACUGGCGAGGUGAAAGGCCCCACCGUUGACUUCCAGAUGCCUGGAAUUAAAUCCCCCAGCUGUGAUGUGGACCUGCCGGGCGUGAAUGUGAAACUUCCAACUGGACAGAUUUCUGGUCCUGAAAUCAAAGGCGAUCUGAAAGGUGCAGGAGUGGGUUUCCACGGGGCUGCCCCCGACAUCAGCGUGAAGGGGCCUUCCCUUAACAUGGCCUCUCCUGAGGCAGAUUUUGGUGUCAGCUUGAAGGGCCCGAAAAUCAAAGGGGGUGUGGAUGUUUCAGGGGGUGUCAGUGCCCCAGAUGUCAGCCUGGGCGAAGGCCAUGUGAGUGUCAAGGGCCCUGGGGGUGAGUUGAAGGGACCCCAGGUCUCCUCUUCUCUCAACUUGGAUGCAUCCAAGCUUGCUGGGGGCCUUCACUUCUCAGGACCAAAGGUUGAAGGUGUGAAAGGUCAGAUUGGACUCCAGGGUCCUGGGAUGAGUGUGUCUGGGCCUCAAGGUCACCUGGACAGUGGAUCUGGAAAAGUCACAUUCCCCAAGAUGAAGAUCCCCAAAUUUGCCUUCUCUGGCCGCGAGCUGGUUGGCAGAGAGGUGGGAGUGGAUAUCAACUUCCCUAGAGAAGAGGCCAGUGUUCAGGCCAGUGCGGGAGAAGGAGAGUGGGAAGAAUCCGAAGUAAAGCUUAAAAAAUCCAAGAUCAAAAUGCCCAAGUUCAAUUUUUCCAAACCCAAAGGGAAAGGCGGUGUUACCGGCUCUCCAGAAGCAUCCAUAUCUGGGUCCAAGGGUGACCUGAAGAGCUCCAAGGUCAGCCUGGGCUCUCUGGAGGGAGAGGUGGAGGCUGAGUCGUCUUCACCCAAGGGCAAGUUCUCCCUGUUUAAAAGCAAGAAGCCACGGCACCGAUCGAAUUCCUUCAGCGAUGAAAGGGAGUUCUCUGCCCCUUCCACUCCGACGGGGACUUUGGAAUUUGAGGGUGGGGAAAUGUCUCUGGAAGGCGGGAAAGCUAAGGGGAAACACGGGAAGCUGAAGUUUGGUACCUUUGGGGGAUUGGGGUCAAAGAGCAAAGGUCAUUAUGAGGUGACUGGAAGCGAUGACGAGGCAGGCAAGCUACAGGGGAGUGGCGUGUCCUUGGCCUCCAGUGACAGUGGGACUAAGGUCGGCAUCCAGCUUCCCGAAGUGGAGGUGCAAGUCUCCACAAAGAAAGAGUAGCAGGCCUCUGUAUGUGUGUACAUAUAUAUAUAUAUAAACCACAUCCGCCUUGGUGUGUUUGUAUAUAAACUCCAAGGAGAAACACACCGACAGCCUCAGCAAUAAUGCAGAGAGCAUGCAGCAAGUGCUGCAGAACCACCCCUGUAGGCUCCUGUCGCUCUGCAGAUGGGUGCAGUCCUGCGUUCUUCCAGCCCAUGUGCAAAGUCAACAGUAUUCGCCUUCAGACUUCAGUUGUUUAUGCAUUGAACGCUGAGAGCGCCUGUUUCCCAAGCCAGCUUUUGUGUUUAUUAUCCUCAUUUUUACUGAACAUUGUUAGUUGGGGUAGUGGCAACCGGCUUCUUCAUUGUCAUGACUUUUUUGGGACUUUUGUUAGUGAGGGAGGGUGGGCUAGAAGGCGGCAGAGGCGGCUGGGUCUCUGUUUGUCCCAGGAUUGCAGCAAGCACCUGGAGGUGGCCUCAGGGAGUGGGCAGCCCAGGGUGAGUGGGCGUUAGACUGGCAGCGUGGCUUUCUCCCCUCUGGGCUAGCGGUUCCAGCCAGCGUGGUGCUCAUGGUGAGAGGGAAUUAGAAACUGUUUGCAGAUUGUCAACCCACUAGGUCAACACGAGGGCUUCCAGACUGUAUUUUGUAAGAGAAAUGUUUUACUCAUGACUGCCAUGUUCCAGCUUAGUUGAUUUCUUUUAACGAAUACGCUCAUGAUUACAAGAUUUUCUGGCACUUUAAUGGCAAAUGAAUUGAGAAUGUAAAAAAAUUGAUGCUGUCCAAGGCAAAUAAAGCUGUUUAUUAACCUCCA